CUCCUCUCCUCUCCUGAUAACAGGGAAUCGUAAAUCCCGGGGGAUCAGAGCUCGGCGAGGCAGCGGCAGCAGCUCCACGCUCCCAGAUGGGUGCCGGGGUUUUUGGAGGCCUUGACCCCUGAGCCCAGGAGCCCACAGGACCUUGGACAUGUCCCCGGCCGGGUCCCAGCACUGGCUGGCCACGGGCAGGGCCUCGCCCAGGCUGGUGCUGGUGGUGGUGUUUGUGGCACUGCUGCUGGACAACAUCCUGCUCACCGUCGUGGUACCCAUCGUCCCCACCUUCCUCUACACGACAGAGUACGAAGGUGCCAACAGCUCUGUGAGCUCAGCCCUGCCUGAGCCAACUCCUGCAGCCCCGAGGGCUCCUCCUUUCUCCUCUGUGCUCUCCUCCUUUGACAACACCACCGUGGAGCUGCCGAACGGGUCGGGGAGCAGCACCCCAGGACACCCCCCCAGCACCCCCCAAACCCCACCCGGGGGCUGCUUGGAGGGUGGGGAGUUCCUGGCCCAGGAGAACACCCGAGUGGGGCUGCUCUUCGCCUCCAAGGCUCUGGUCCAGCUGCUGGUCAACCCCUGGGUGGGUCUGCUGACCAACAGGAUCGGAUACCACAUCCCCAUGUUCAUUGGGUUCACCAUCAUGUUCCUCUCCACAGUCAUGUUUGCUUUCUCAGGCACCUACACCCUGCUGCUCAUCGCCAGAGCCCUCCAAGGCGUCGGCUCCUCCUUCUCAUCGGUGGCAGGCCUGGGCCUGCUGGCCAGCGUGUACCCGGACGACUCGGAGAGGGGCAGUGCCAUGGGCAUUGCCCUGGGAGGCCUGGCCUUGGGACUGCUGAUCGGGGCACCCUUCGGGAGCAUCAUGUACGAGUUCGUGGGGAAAGCGUCGCCCUUCCUGGUGCUGGCCUUCCUCGCCCUUCUGGAUGGAGCUCUGCAGCUGUGCAUCCUGCAGCCCUCCCGGAUCUCCCCGGAGAGCACCAAAGCCACCCCAUUGUCCACCCUGCUGCGAGACCCCUACAUCCUGGUGGCUGCAGGAGCCCUCUGCUUCUCCAACAUGGGGGUGGCCAUGCUGGAGCCCACGCUGCCCAUCUGGAUGCUGCAGACCAUGUGCUCCCCACAGUGGCAGCUCGGGAUGGCAUUCCUGCCUGCCAGCAUAUCCUACCUCAUUGGCACCAACGUCUUUGGGAUUCUGGCUAACAGGAUGGGCAGGUGGCUGUGCUCCAUGAUUGGAAUGGCUGUGGUGGGAAUCAGCCUCCUCUGUGUCCCUCUGGCCACCAACAUUUACGGCCUGAUCGGCCCCAACGCCGGGCUGGGCUUUGCCAUAGGAAUGGUGGACUCCUCCAUGAUGCCCAUCAUGGGCUACCUGGUGGACCUGCGCCACACCUCUGCCUACGGCACCGUGUACGCCAUCGCCGACGUGGCCUUUUGCAUGGGCUUUGCCAUCGGCCCCUCCACGGGCGGGGCGAUUGUGCGAGCCCUCGGCUUCCCCUGGCUGAUGGUCAUCAUCGGGGUGCUGAACAUGGCCUACGCCCCGCUCUGCUGCCUCCUGCGCAGCCCCCCGGCCACAGAGGAGAAGAUGGCCAUCCUGAGCCAGGAGUGCCCCAUGCAACCCAAAAGCUACACCCCAAAGGAAGCCCUGCGGGAAUUCCCCCUCACGGAGGAGAGCGACAGCGAGGCAGGAAAUGUGGAGUAGCCACGGCAAGGAAUGCGUGCCCUGCUCUGGAGCCAAUAUUCCGGCUACAGAACGCGGAUGUGUGAGCAGCCACAGCCAAACCUGCCUAUUCCACACUCGUGGGAGGCUGAAUUUCCAACCUCUUCUCCAACCACCAGGAUUUGGAGGCUCCAGGCCUUUAGUGAAGCCACUGUGGGACUGAACCAUGGAAUCAGCUGGCAGCUGGCAAUAAAGAUGUCACUACAAUGUCACUGCUCCUCUGAGGACGCUAAAAAACCUUUGUUUCUGUCUUGGUACAGUUUGAUGUAUUGUGCUAUGUCUGUGCUACUCAGAGCUCGUGUGUCCUUCCCAACAUACAUUAAAUUAAUUUAUUCGUUUGAA